AUGUACCCGCUGAAACUUGCCAUGAACGCCCCUCCUAGCCCGCCGGAAACGAAUGUCACAUUCAAUGGUCCCUCCCCCGUAAUAGCCCCCCAACGUCACCCAACAGUCGGAAGCUCAUCGGCGGGUUUCGUUGGCGACAGCGCAUCCAUCGCUGGACCUGCGCUGGUCUCAGAUACUCCCGUACCCCGGAUACGACGACAGCCGUCCAUCUUCUACAACAGUCCCGGAAAUAGAGCAGAGAGCCGCGAACGCACUCCGAGCCUUUCAUCCAAACUUUUGGUCGUCGUAGUCCCUCCCGUCGCGGUUGUGCAGGAACAUGGAAACUUGGGGCAGACCCUUUCUUCCGGGCCUUUGCACCGUCUUUCUCAAGGGAUCAUUAUGCCAUUGUUUCCCAAUAUGUAUGGCCAAUUGACCGCCAUUGCAAAGGAAUUCAAUUUCCCUAGCAUCACAGGACUCUGCCUCUACUAUUGUUACACCGAUGGCGCUAUCACAAUGACGCCUAGGUUGUCAGAAGAGAUUUGGACUACCAUCUGGGGUCUGCAUGAGGUAUCACCCCAAGCCCGUGAACGCAGACCACCCAUUGCCGGCAGACUGGAAUUCGACAUCGACACAGGAAAGGCUCGUUGGUAUGGUGCUUGGCUAUCAUCACGCCAACGAGAGCCAAUGGAUUACCCAUUCUACAACGGCUCUAGUACUGCACCUCCCCAGCAUCACCGUGGGGACAGUCGCUUCACCUUCCCUCACAGCGUUGUGACCGACGAUUUUCCCGAGUCCAUCCAACAGCACAGUGCUCCCGUCCCCGCGCGACAUGUACCACGGAAACUUUCGCUUGUCGAACGAUUUGAUGUCGGUUCAAUUCAGAGCACAGAGAUCCCCCACCUCCCCAACGAUACUCUGCUGGUUUCGGGCGCUCCUGUCAGCUCCCACAUUCUAUCUCCAAUUAAACAGCAAGAGGAACCGCAAUCUGCAAGAGCGGAAUUGGAUAACAAGGUCAAUACGUGGCGUGCAACGGCAAUCGCUUCUCCAGAAGCGAUACCAUCCAGUUUUGAGCCUCCUUCAGUUCCCGCACCCUCUACCCCCUCCACAGAGUCUCUCCGCCUAGAAGACUACCAGUGGUCGGUGUCAAGCGUGGGCCCGGACGAUAAUGCCUCCUUCUCGGCAGACAUCUAUGUACCAUCAGUUCACCUUUGUGACCGUGUCAACGGUUCGGUAGCGUCCACAGCGUCGUAUUGCACCUCUCCAGGCCCAUCGGACUACAGUCUCGAAUUCCCGCUCUCUGACGUAUCACGGCUUCCAUCACCAGACCUUGCCCACCGGAUGUACGAGGAAGCGCCGCUCACACCAUUGACGACGACUUCAUGGGGUGCUCCAAGCCAUUACGCUUACUCCCUUUCAAGCGAAGAGUAUCAAGCUUCCAUUGACCUCGGCUACCGGGCCACCUUCAGCCGACCUUCCACUCCUGGGACAGCCACCACCUGGGGCCCUGCCUCAGAUGAUGGUUGGUACCCAGACAGUCCGGUGUCCUCCCAUUCGGUUCACCUCGGACUCAGAGGUGAUUUCAGUAGACCAACAACGCCGUUCACUGCCACCAGUUGGGGGGCAUCAACAGGGCCUUCUAGCCCGUUGAGUCCUUACAGACUCCCCAGCCCAGAUGCAGGUCAAAGAGCAUUUGACGACGUGGAACAAGGUGACCGUCCAUGGAGGCAUGCGUGGCCCUACAAUCGCCAGACCACGCAGCGUUCCCAGCAAUCAAGUGCAGCGCGGGUUCCUGUCAUUCCCCCGGUCAUCAAACAGAGAUUUGGCAAGAAGCAGCAGUCUCCGUCGGAAGGUUAUCCUCAUUUCGAUUUGUACCCCGCUGUGCUCCAGCCCCAGGCUGCUUCAACGUCUGGCCAGAAGGUCGUCCUUUCCCCCUCGGAUUACCCCAACAUAGUUAUUUAUUCCCCUGUAACAAGCGCAGUCGUAACCUCCGUUCAAGUGAGAGUACCAGCUCCUGUGGAUCGGACUGGCUAUCCUCACAACCUUGCGCGUAUCUACGAACCGGUUUCUCGACCCACAUUGGUCUCGGAGUCUUCCAUCGUCCGGUACCCUUACUUUGACAUCUACCCUGCGGUUUAUCCCUUCAACCUUGAGCGGGUCUACCCCCAACGUCUCGAGUCAUUUCCCAACAAGGUCCAACCUCAGCAGUCCGUCAGCAUUGGUGUCAGCGCUCCGUAUCCGUUCUUUAACCUUUAUCCCGCCGUGUACCCCUUCAACUUAGAGAGGAUAUAUUCUCACAUGAAUGUUCCCGUUGAACGGAAAGACAGCAGGCCACCCGCACCCGUUGUUUCUCUCGUCGUGCAGUACCCCCACUUCGACCUUUACCCCGCAGUGUAUCCUUUCAACAUGACUCAGAUCUACCCACGAGUUGUCGCGCUUGAACCACGCAAGGUGCUCACUGACAUCAACUGCAUCCCGGAGAGUAGGUCAUACUACCCAUACCUUGAGAUUUACCCCGCCAUCUAUCCCUACAACCUGGAGUAUAUCUAUGUGCCACUUCCUAGCACUCACAGCGACGAGCCCCCAAAGAAGCCGGCCAUUUCAGUUACUGAAGGGACCCGCAACUAUCCUAUCAUCGAGAUCUAUCGACCGGUCUAUCCUUACAACUUGGAUGCGAUUUAUCCUAGUGUUCAUCCUCUCGUCAAAUCGUCUGAUGAUAUAAACCUGAAUGCACCCGCUCCUCGCUUCGCUGCAGGAUAUCCCCACCUCGAAAUCUAUACCCCCGUCUAUCCGUUCUUUAGUCUCUACCCACCAGCGGCUGCAUCCGUUGAAGUUGGAGGUCAGUUGAAGCGCCGUCCUAGCGUUGUCUCCGCGACAUCCAACUACCCGUAUUUCGACCUAUAUCCAGCAGUUUAUCCCCACUUUGACCUUUACCCCUCUGUCGCGUGUCAGAGUGCACGGAGGGUCGAAAAACCUCCUUGUCGUGUAUCUGUUGAACCCUCUUAUCCUUACUUCAACCUUUACCCUGCUGUUUAUCCACACUUUGUCCUUUGGCCGUCGUUGCCCGGGUCCACUGCUCCUGUGCAACCUGCUCCUGUACAACGUCAUACCCCCGACGUCGUCCAAACUCCGCUUGUCCGAGCCUCCGUUUCCAAUUCUCCCGCACCUGCUCCCAUCCGAGUUCGAACGCCACCGGCUCCAGCUCCUGCUCGAAGCUUACCGCCUCUGCCAGCGCCUGCUGCUAUUCAGAAGCCGUCACCGCCCGCUCCCAUUCCUCUCCAGAUCCCGUCCACCUCGCGUGCCUCAACACCCCAGGUUGCCAGAGUAUCGCCUGUCCGGCGGGUACCACUGUCAGUGCCUGUUGAUAUUGAAGACGAAGACCACCCAGAAGUGGUCGCUGUUGCUGCUCAAAGCUCGGCCGCAGUCCUUGUCGAGAUGCGAAGAGCGCCCGCCGUUGUUCAACCGUCGCGCAUUCCUACCGAGGUUCAGAAUGAGCAGGAGCUUGCACCCGCUGUCUUUCAGCGCCGGAUAAUCCCCACCAUACCCCUGCAGGAAGAACCGGAAUCUCAGCCACUGGAGCCCCCGAAGGACUCGUAUAGCAGAAGAAGGUCCGGAAGACUAACACAUGCCGAGCUUCAUGCCAUGGUCAUGAUGGAAAAGUCGAGUCGUGGUGAAAUCUCGCUCGGUGACGUCUUGGGAUCGUUCCCCCCAGUCCCAAGUGUUGCUCCGCCAACGACUCUAUCACGAUCUGGGUCACUCCCGAACAGACCGCAGUCGGUGUUCAACAAGGCCAAUAGGAUGUCGGGCCUCCCCAGCAACCCUCGCGACAGUCUAGUUCGCUCUGUCUCGGCGUCUGGACGACCAACGCGAUCGGGAAGCCUUGCCCAACGGCGGUCUAUGUGGGAGAACAGUGCAAAUUCCAACAAUCCCCUUCCAAACCGACCUGUGGAAAUCAGACGCAACGGUCGAAGGGAUAGCAUUGUUCUGCAAAGGAUCAGGGUGUUCAAUAAUCCAACAACCGUUCAGGCAACCACAGGCAAUCGUAUCUAG